UAAGUCAGUUAAAAAAAUCCUUGACGCACAGCGGCCGGCCGCGCGGCUAUGUUUCUGAAAUCUUAUUUUGUUUGUGUUCAUCGCGCUGUUGAGUUUUGUGAGAUUUGUGCAGUAAUGUGACCUGUGGAAUUGCGAUGCAAUAGUGUUUUUCUGUGAUAAAAUGACUUGAUGCUCGUGUAAUACAUGUUUUGUGGUAUACCGAUAGUGAAUCCGUGUAAAAUGGGUUUGAUUACUUCUCGGGAACAAACGAUGUUGGAUGGUCCUGUGGCGCCUUCCAAGAGCCACCAUGCUCGGCAGGCGUCCACCAGGAGCCGCGCGAAGCCCCCCAUGCCCGACCGGGAUGAGCUGGAGAGCAGAUUCGUCAAAGUUUUGGCGUCAAUGGACCUUCCGGCGGACAAGGCGAAGCUGUUACGCAACUACGACCUGGACAAGAAGUGGGAGAUCAUCUGCGACCAGGACAUGGUGCAGGCGAAGGACUCGCCGGGGCACUACCUCAACAAGCUGCGCACCUACCUCGACCCCAAGGCGUCUAGGAGUCAUAGGAAACGGAAAAUGGUCGGCGAUUCAACAUCCACGCAAGUCCUUCGAGAUUUGGAGAUCUCACUUCGAACCAAUCACAUAGAAUGGGUCCGAGAGUUCCUGAACGAGCAGAACCAGGGUCUGGACGUGCUGAUCGACUACCUGAGCUUCCGCCUGAGCAUGAUGCGCCACGAGCAGCGGAUAGCGCUGGCGCGGAGCCAGUCCAGCGAGGGCAUCAACCAAGCCAACACCACAAUGUCGGACUGCAGCGCGCCCACCGACAACGGCCACGCGUCCCUCAACGCCACCUGGAUGCGGCGACCUCGAGCGACCGACAGCGACACGGCGAGCGAGGGCGGCGGCGGCGGCGGCGUCGCGCGGCGGCGGAGUCGACACGCUGCGAGGUUGAAUAUGGGCGCGUCGACCGAUGAUAUUCAUGUGUGCAUUAUGUGCAUGCGCGCUAUUAUGAAUAAUAAGUACGGCUUCAACAUGGUGAUCCAACACCGAGAAGCCAUCAACAGCAUCGCUCUCUCGCUGGUCCACCAUUCGCAGAGGACAAAAGCCCUAGUCCUGGAGCUAUUAGCAGCGAUAUGCCUCGUGAAGGGAGGCCAUCAGAUCAUCCUGUCUGCGUUCGAUAACUUCAAGGAGGUGGUCGGGGAGCCGAGGAGGUUUCACACGCUGAUGGAGCAUUUCAUGAACUACGAUAAUUUCCAUAUUGAGUUUAUGGUGGCGUGCAUGCAGUUCGUGAACAUCAUCGUGCACUCCGUCGAGGACAUGAACUUCCGCGUGCACCUGCAGCACGAGUUCACGUCGCUCCGCCUGGACGAGUACCUGACGCGCCUGCGCCUGUGCGAGAGCGACGACCUGCAGGUGCAGAUAUCCGCGUACCUGGACAACGUGUUCGACGUGGCGGCGCUGAUGGAGGACAGCGAGACCAAGACCGCCGCGCUCGAGAAGGUCAACGAACUGGAGGACGAGCUCGGACAUGCGCACGAGCGGCUGGCGGCUAUAGAGCGCGAGGCCAUCGCGAAACUAGCCACUCUCGAGUCGGAGCUGGCGCAGGUGAAGCACGAGCGCGACCAGCUCGCCGAGGCGAGGAGACAGGUCGUGGAGGAGGUAUCAACCCUACGGAGGGCCCAACAAGACUCGCGCAACCGGCAGUCCAUGCUGGAGUCCAAGGUGCAGGAGCUGGAGACGCUCACCAAGUCGCUGCCACGAGGCGCCUCCAUGGGAGCAAUAUCCUCCAUCUGCAACGGAAACGGAACCACCAACGGCACCACAACCACCAACGGACCAGCCACCCCUACAAAAACCUCCACCCACCACACAAACAGCCUUCCCAACGGCGACCACAAACCCGCCCCUACUCCGCCAGCUAAACCCACCCCGCCCCCCGCGCCCCCUCCGUUAGCACCCCCGCCGCCGCCGUUAGCGCCCCCGCCUCCUCCGUUAGCGCCCCCAGCACCGCCCGCCCCCGGACUCAUGAUGCCCCCUAUGCACACCGACGCGAUGACGAUAAAGAGGAAGGUGGACACGAAGUAUAAACUGCCGACGCUUAAUUGGAUAGCCCUGAAGCCUACUCAGGUCCGCGGCACAAUAUUCAACGAGCUCGACGAGGAGCGGCCGCGCGCGCGCAUCAACUUCGCCGAGUUCGAGGAGACCUUCCGCAUCGGGGGAGCCCCCGCCCCCGCCCCCGACCCCCUCGCCAGCUACCCCUCCAAGCGGUUCCGGAAACACGAUACCACGUCGCUGUUGGAUCAUACCAGGCUUAGGAAUAUAGCAAUCUCAAGAAGAAAACUGGACACGCCCGUCGAGAAAGUGAUCGCGGCCGUCAACAACCUCGACCUCAAACAGUUGCCGCUAGAGAGCGUCGAGAUCCUGCAACGCAUGGUGCCCACUGAAGCAGAACAAAAGGCUUACAAGGAAUACGUGGCGGAGAAGAAACCCAUCAACCAACUCACAGAGGAAGAUAAAUUCCUCCUACAACUCACCAAAGUGGAAAGAAUAUCGGCGAAGCUAUCCAUAAUGAGUUACAUGGGCAAUUUCUUCGAUAAUAUCCACUUGAUUACGCCGCAAAUCCACGCGAUUAUAUCCGGGUCGUCGUCUGUUAAAUCAUCGCAAAAGUUAAGGAAUGUUCUAGAGAUAAUUCUGGCUUUUGGCAACUACAUGAAUAGUAGUAAGCGCGGGCCGGCCUACGGGUUCAAAUUACAGUCGUUGGAUACACUCAUGGAUACGAAGUCGACGGACAAGAGGGUGUCGCUACUGCAUUAUAUCGUGGGGACGAUUCGGCAGAACUUUCCCGAGUUGAUCAACUUUGACGCUGAACUGCUUUAUAUUGAUAAGGCUGCUCAAGUGUCCCUAGAGAACGUGGUGUGCGACGUGUCAGAACUAGAACGCGGGAUGGAGGCGGUGCGGCGCGAGGCCGAACUGCGCGGCCACAGCGUGGUGCUGCGGGACUUCACGCACAACGCACAGGACAAGCUGCGCCGCCUGCGCACCGAGACCAAGCACGCGCAGGACUCGUUCGCGUCCUGCGUGGAGUACUUCGGCGAGGAGGCGCCGCGCGGGGCCGACGCCAACGCCUUCUUCUCACUGUUGGUGAGAUUCACCAGGGCCUUCAAGCAAGCGGACAUGGAGAACGAGCAGCGGCGGCGGCUGGAGGCGGCCAACAACGCCGAGCAGGACCCCGCCAAGAGCAAACACUCGCAGAAGAAACAACAGGAGGCCGUCAUCAACGAGCUGAAAACGAAAUCGCAAGUCGGCGAGAAAAAACUCCUCCACCAAGACGAAGUUUACAACGGAGCGCUAGAGGACAUCCUGCACGGACUGCGCAGCGAGCCGUACCGCCGAGCAGACGCCGUGCGCCGCUCCCACCGCCGCCGCAUCAACUCGCACCGCCUCUCCAAGGGACUCGACGAACUGGACGUAUGAUACGAACCCCCCUCCGGCCAAACACCGGAAAAACAAAGGAGGAAAGACCUGGAAAUGGUGCACACCAAACACUCGCUGUCGCUGCACAAAAUAGCGGAGCCGGAUGACGAGUUCAAAGGUUGUACAACUAAGCACAAGUCUAGGAGCAGUUAUAGGGUCGCCCCGGUUGAGUGCGAGGUGGAGGGCGGCUGUGAAUUGAUCAAGUCCACCUAUGACGUCAUUACGAAGUAUACCCGAGCCGUCUUCGACAAGCAAAGCGAAACCGUCGUCUAAUGUGCCUCAUUUUUGUGUCGGCACGUUUUACACUCGUGUUUUGAAACUGCAGUGUAAAAUGUGUAUCGAUGAAUUUUUACGCCUAUUUAUUCAUUCCACGCCUAUAACGCACACUAUUUUGCUAAAAAUUAUAUACAAUUACUUUUUUUUACAAAAGCUUUUGGAAUUAUUAAUGAAUAUACUAUAGUCCCGCUAGAUAAGUAUUAUGGCCUUGGUAAUAAUAGACGCACACGUUCGAACGUAAUUUUUAAAAUUUAAGCGUAGGUUUAAUAUUGUAUCAGUGUCCUUACUGCAUUUAAACAAUACAAAGUGUCUUUCAUAUAAACGAAGUAGAGUAAAAUUAUAACGCAUUUAUACAUUUCUAUGGUAUUAUUAUUGGUAUGAUAAUAAAAAUUGUGAUGUCUAUACAAAUUAAUAAGAAAACGAAUACCGACCAUGACGCAUACAUUGCCACUAAGUAUAAAAAUUGCAUAGGUUAAGUUUUGAAUGAUCUGUUAGCAUUUAAAAAUACCGGAACAAAAUGAAGCACAGCUAUGCACAAUGAUAAAAUUUUACCGUUAUUCAUUUCAGUUUUGCAUCUUUUGGUUUAUUAUAUUCAGUUGUAAAUAUUUUCGAAUAAAAUUUUAUGUCUGUUGCAUUUUGUAAUGCAUACAUUAUUUCUAUAUUACUAUGUAAAUAUAUUUUAUAUAAUAUCUAUGGUAAACUCUCAAGAUGCUUGAGGCAACAUUUGUAAAAUAAUUUUUAAGUGUAUAAAGCAAUAAGAAGUGAUAUAGGUUUUACAUUGUAUCCGGAUUUUGUACUGUUAUGGAAUGUAUAAUUUUUAUAUGAUGAUAUUUAAUUUGAAUUUUUAAUAUAUUUUAAUUUGGUUUUAUCAGAUUUAUUACUGAACUUGAAAAUGUUUUAUGUAGGUGCUAAUUACGCUACCACCGUUUUACUUACUUUAAAAAGACAGCAUAUAAUACGAGGUUCUCUCUCAAACUGUACAAAAUAACAAUAAUGCAGGAAAACUACAAUAUUUUCUGUCUGUACUAAGCUGCACAUUAUUGUAUUAUAUUAUGUUCUUUUACAUAAAUAAUAUUCUUUAAUAUAAAGAUAUUUUUACACUAGUAUAAGAAAAUGCAGGUUUGUUACUUUUCUACCAAGCUUUCUUAAAGCAUGGUGGAAUAAAGAGAGGGAAUUAAUUGAUGAAGGAAUUUUGAAUAAUCCAAACUAUUGUGUAAAAGUGUCUUUAUGAAACUUUGUAAGAUUCAUGUAUAGUAAGUUAUGUUUUGAAAGUUAAUAAGUAUUUAAGUUUUGUAGAUUAUCUAAUGACGUUUUGUGUAUAGUGUAUGUGAUUGAUUUAAUAUUACAAUAAAGUUCGAAGGUAUAAUGUAAUCAGUUAUGUUACGAUAUUGCAUGUAUGUUAGCAUUAGAACAGUAUUCAGUGAUGCAAUAAACCAUUCAUAAUCAGAAA